AUAUAACCAAUUAUAUGACCUCAAAAUUUUGAUCAUAUACUGAGGUGGAUUUAAUUCAAUAAAUUGUAAAGUUUGACAUUCAAAAACCAAAUUCCAAGAAUGGAAAAAGUGAAAAAAUGUUGUAACGCGUAUUGAUAUCGUCAUAUACACAUCUGCUGAAAAACAAAAUCAACUUUUGGAAAAAAAAAAAAAAAAGGAAAUACUGAAAUGCAUAUACUCUAUGAUUUUCCAUACAAACAAAUCCCUUCUUAACUUAAAAAUCAGUAUAAUCUUACUCUAAAAAGAAAAACAAAGAAGAGGAAAAGCACUAAAUGAAGUACCGAAAAAGGAAAAGACAAAAGAAAAAGUUGAUUAAAAUCACAAAAAUACCCUUCAACUUGAUUGUCUCUUCCUAAAUCCUCACCAACGCACUCUUAUUUUUGCCUGUCAUAUUUCUUCCUUCUUCUUCUUCGCCUUCCUUAAAACUCUCUCCAAUGGCCACUUUUCUCAUUACCCUACAUUUUCUAAUCUUUACACUUUGCACCCUUGUAAAAUCCCAAUCAAAUCUCUGCAGGACCUCCUGUGGCGACACACAAAUCAACUACCCUUUCGGCAUAGAUGACGGCUGUGGCAGCCCCUACUACAGAAACAUCCUCGUAUGCUCCGAAUCCAACCACCUCGAACUCAGAACCCCAUCAGGAAAAUACCCAGUUCGUAGAAUCGACUAUUCAGAUCCUCACAUCCUCGUAACAGAUCCUUCCAUGUGGAACUGCCAAGACGCUACCCACUUCAGACCCCCUCGACCCUUUAGCCUCGACACAAGCAUCCACUUCUCACUUUCCCCACAAAACGACUAUCUUUUCUUCAACUGUAGCGAAAAAGACGUGAUCGUGGAGCCUAAACCGGUUGUUUGUGAAAGGUUCCCUGAUAGAUGCGACUCGACGUGUGAUAGUGCUAGCUAUUUGUGUAGACACUUACCUGAGUGCACACAUGCAGUAGGUGCUAGCACUUCGUGUUGUUCGUAUUAUCCAAAAGCUACUGAGUCGUUAAGAUUGAUGUUGAAGUAUUGCGAGACUUAUACUAGUGUGUAUUGGAGGAAUUUAGGAGAAUCACAAACGUAUAACAUACCCCCGGAGUAUGGGAUUAGGAUCGACUUUGAUAUUCCUGUUACUACUCGGUGUUUGCAAUGUCAGGAUGGAAGUAAAGGAGGUGGUACGUGUGGGUUUGAUGUUGGAACACAUGAUUUUUCGUGCUUAUGUGAUCAUGGAAAUGUCACUACUUAUUGCAAAGAUCAUUCUCAACAUGGGAAGAGUAAUCGAGUAGUUGCUGGGACUGCGACGGCAGUUUCGGUGGCCGGAGCAAUUGGAAUAGGGGCAGGGGUGUGGUACUUUAGAAAAGUGAAAGCUCAAGCACCAGUCACACAUGGAGUUCAAAGCAAUGAGAAUAGGCUUUUUUGAUUCUUCAAUACAUUUAUUACUUUAUAUUAUUCCUAUACAAUAUAUUUUAUAUGGUUCUUUUUUCUUUUUCUUUUUGAUCUAAAUCGUUGUGUCAUAUUGGUGAUAUUAUAUAAAAUUUUAUUAGUAGUUGUUUAAA